AUGGAAACUCAAGAACCUCCCAAACAACCCCUUAGCAAUCCCACUCCCACUCCUCCUCGGGAUUCCCCCUCCCCCGCCCCCGCCGCCGCCUUCCUCCUCUCCUCCGUCUCCUCUCCCAUUACUCUCCAGUUCGUGGACCUGUGCUACAGAGUAAAACUCCCCAACACUUCCCCCACAAGCAACAGCAGCGCCGCCAUCAUCCGACGGCUGAUAUCUCCCCACGAGAAAUCAUCGAAUGCGGCGCCGGUGGAGGAGGAGCGGACCAUACUCAGCGGCAUCACGGGAACCGUCUCCCCGGGGGAGAUCCUCGCCGUCCUCGGCCCCUCAGGGAGCGGGAAGUCCACGCUCCUCCACGCGCUCGCCGGCCGGAACCACGGCGGCCGCCGCCCUGCCGUCACCGGCACCAUCCUCGCCACCACCACCACGACGACGAGGAAAUCGCGACUGUCCGCCAGGCAGGUGGCGAGGCGGACGGGGUUCGUCGCGCAGGACGACGUGCUGUUCCCGCACCUGACGGUGCGGGAGACGCUCGUGUCCUGCGCGCUGCUGCGGCGGGCCGCCGCAUUCUCCUCGAGAAACGAGAAGGCGGCCGCGGCGGAGUGGGCGAUCGCCGAGCUGGGGCUCGGCAAGUGCGCAGACACGAUGAUCGGGAACGGGUUCGUCCGGGGGGUCUCCGGCGGGGAGAGGAAGCGCGUGAGCAUCGCGCACGAGCUGCUGAUCAACCCGAGCCUGCUGGUGCUCGACGAGCCGACGUCGGGUUUGGACGCGACGGCGGCGUACAGGCUGGUGGCCACGCUGGGGCAGCUGGCCAAGAAGGGCGGUCGGACCGUGGUCGCGUCGGUCCACCAGCCGUCGAGCCGGGUGUACCAGAUGUUCGACUCGGUUCUGGUUCUGAGCGAGGGGCGGAGCCUGUAUUUUGGUAAAGGUGGGGAUGAACCGAUGGGUUAUUUCGGGUCGGUUGGUUACUCGCCGUCUUUUCCAAUGAACCCGGCCGAUUUCCUCCUCGAUCUCGCUAACGGGGUUUGCCAUCUUGAUGGAGCCAGUGAAAGGGAUAAACCCAACGUGAAGCAGCACCUCAUGGCCUCAUACAACGCAAUACUAGCACCAAAGUUGAAAGCCGCUUGCUUGGAAGCCACGCCAAAGGAAUCCACCCUCAGCAAUGGCACCAAUUCGUCAACAAGAAGACACUUGGGGAGAUGUAGAGAGGACCAGAGAGUUGGCAUGACCAUGUGGUUCAACCAGUUCACCGUCCUCCUCCAGAGAAGCAUGAAGGAACGGAGGUACGAGUCCUUCAACACCCUCCGCGUCUUCCAGGUCCUGGUCGGUGCCCUGUUGGCUGGCACGAUGUGGUGGCACUCCGAUUACCGGGACAUUCAGGAUCGACUGGGACUGUUGUUCUUCAUAUCCAUCUUCUGGGGUGUGUUGCCUGCAUUCAACGCGGUUUUUGCCUUCCCGCAAGAGAGGGCCAUCUUCAUGAAGGAGAGGGCAUCCGGGAUGUAUACCCUCUCCUCCUACUUCAUGGCUCGAAUCGUGGGAGAAAUUCCCAUGGAGCUAGCCCUUCCAACCCUCUUCAUCACCAUGGCCUACUGGAUGACUGGGCUGAGGCCCGACCUGGGCGCGUUCCUCCUCACCCUUUUCAUCCUGCUGGGCUACGUGCUCGUGUCUCAAGGCCUAGGUCUGGCCUUGGGAGCGGCCAUCAUGGAUGCCAAACAGGCAUCCACGAUGGCCAACGUGACGAUGCUGGCAUUCGUGCUGACUGGAGGGUUCUACGUUCACAAGGUCCCCGCAUGUAUGGCGUGGAUCAAGUACAUCUCGAGCACCUUCUACACUUAUAGGUUGUUCAUCAAUGUUCAGUAUGGUAACGGGGAGCGGAUUGCAAAGGCGUUUGGUUGCUCUGGGCAAAACGGUAACAAUUACGGUGAUGGGGGACCGGAUUGCAAGUUUAUCAGGGAAGAUUUGGAAGGACAGAUCAGCCCUUGGGUUUGUGUUGGAGCAAUGGUGUUGAUGUUUGUGGGUUACAGAGUUUUGGCUUACCUAGCAUUGAGGAGGAUCAGGACUUGA